AUGGCCCGCACCAAACAGACUGCACGGAAAUCAACAGGCGGGAAAGCCCCCAUCAAGAGGCUGCACGUCCCAAGAAAACUCCGAGGGAGAAGGGAGCAGGCGAAGGACUUCGGCUCGCCUGCAAGAAAUCGCCCUGCUGCGAGGAAAAGGGCGUUUACAGCUCCACCGCACAAGAUGCGCAGGAAGAGGCCUGGGGUUGUGGCAUUGAAGGAAAUUCGUGCCUACCAAAAGAGCACGGAUCUGCUCAUAAAAAGGGCGCCAUUCCAGCGCCUUGUGAGGGAAAUUGCCUACGCAAUUGAUGACAAAUUGCGGUUCAAGCAAGAUACAAUAUUGGCCCUUCAAGAAGCCAGCGAGGCAUACCUGGUUGGUUUGUUUGAGGACACCAACCUGUGCAGCAUUCAUGCGAAGCGUGUGACCAUUAUGGCCAAGGAUCUUCACCUGGCUGUGAGGCUUCGUGGCGACAAGGUCAGAUAUUCGAUGUUGUAG